GGUCUCCAAUUUGUUGACUGGCUCUUUGCCCUACAACCAGUUUAACCAUUCCACCAUCACUACCGCCUUUGGUUCCUCUCGAAAGUGAAUCGAAUUCUAGGGCUUUCGUUCUUCGGAAAUUGUUAGCUCAAUUUUGCUGCUCGUGUAAUGGCUGAAGAGGGGGAGUAUCGGUGCUUUAUUGGCGGCCUUUCUUGGUCAACUAGUGACAGAGGUCUUAAAGAAGCAUUCGAAAAGUUUGGCCAUCUUCAAGAGGCCAAGGUAGUUGUUGACAAGUUUUCUGGACGUUCCCGUGGUUUUGGUUUUGUUACUUUUGAUGAGAAGAAAGCUAUGGAUGAGGCAAUCAAAGCCAUGAAUGGAAUGGAUUUAGAUGGCCGGGCUAUUACAGUUGAUAAGGCUCAGCCUAACCAAGGUUCAGGUAGAGACAACGAUGGUGAUCGUCCACGUGGUCGUGACAACGAGCGUGAUCGAAAUCGAGAUUUUGGUGGUGGGCGUGGAUCUAACAGUAGAGAUUGCUUUAAAUGUGGGAAGCCAGGGCAUUUUGCCCGGGAAUGUCCCAGUGAAGGCGGUAGAGGAGGUAGGUAUGGAGGGAGGGAUGACAAAUAUAGUGGCGGCGGCGGCGGUGGCAGUGGUCGUUAUGGACCAGAUCGAAAUGGAGAUAGAUCUGGUGGGCGCAAUAGGGAUACUGGUGAUCGAGGAGGUUCGGGAAGUGAUCGAUACAGUCGCGACCGCUCUGGGCCAUAUGAACGACGGAGUUCAGGUUCUGGUGGCUUUCGUUCUUGAUAGAAUCGUGUCUUCUCUGUUAAGCUUACAUGGAGGGAUCUUGCUGUUAUGUCCUGCAGAGUGUUAAUGUUUCUUUCAACAGGUUGUCUAUGUUACAGUUCAGAUAUCUGAAGUGCAGAACUUGGCGUUAGUAUUGAGACAUUUGUGUUCCUAUGUGAUGAAUUUGGUAUCUUGGUACAAUGGUGUCUAAUGUGUUCUUGACAUAUUCAUUCAAAUCUGGUUUUAUGGUCUUUGAAUGCCAAUGUAGCUGCUGGAUUACUUAUCACAGGGAAAUUGCAAUAACUGCUAAAAAUUUCUAUUAAAGUACAACUAGACCUGGUUUUUGAUC